UGCUACAGAACAAUAUGACCGUGGCUUUCAUGUAAAAAAAUCCUUAUGGUUUUGCCGCCAAUUUUUGUUUUAUCAUCGGUCUCAUAAUCAUGACUUAUACAUUUUGAUAAAAUUCAAGCAGAAGUCUGAUUUAGAACUAGUUUUUACUAGAUAUUUUUAAUUUUUAUCAUUCUUGAAGAAAUUAAGACUUUAUAAUUCCAGUUUUUGCAUGCAAAGUUAUUCAAGACUUACGAAGUAUAAAUAUUAAAAACAUUUUCAUUACUUAUAAAUAAAAUAACACUUAACAUUUUGAUAAUGAAUCAUAAAUAACUUUGGCAAAGGAAUUAUGUUUGGUAACUUUAUAAAAAUAAAUACAUAAUGGAACCCUCUGUGAAUUUCGAACAACUACAACUAAAAUCUGAGUAUUUACACACUAAUUCAAAACAUAUACACUUUCAUGAAGAUGGUGAAAAUACUUUGUUUGUUUCAUGGGACGAUUGUGUCAUGGUUUUAUACUCACUUAACAAUUUAUCCGAAGCUAGUCUUUGGAAUCCCAUUGAACCUAUUAUUGUGCCAAUAAGUAAUCCAAUAAUAUCAAUAUUGACCUUUAAUUCAAAAAUGUAUUGUAUUGAUAAAGUUGGGUCUAUUUAUCAUCUAAAACAAGUUCAACGAGAUUCUCCAGACUUAUUUGAUUGUUCUCUAUCAAAAGUUACUCAACAGCCAUUAUCCUGCAAUUACGAAUGGAAACCCUUCUACUCUCAAAAAUGUCCAUGUGAAGUUUUUGGAACAACUUGCUAUACAGAUGGAAUUGCUCUAAUAAUAGCAGUAGGAGAAUGGAUAAUGAUACAAAUGUUAAAAAUAACUAUUAAUGAUAAAAAUGAACCAACUAUAUUCAAUGCUUGUAAUAAACAAAUUAGAUCUCAAAAACCGUUUCCAUUUGUAGUUACUUCAUUUGUAUCUUGUACUUGGAGGGAUUGGUUCAGUAGCAAACGAGUUAUAGAACUUUUCGGAUUAAAUGUAAUUGACUGUCUAGAUAUUUUUAUAAUAGCAACAGAAGAGUCAAAAGUAUAUUGUACAACAUCUAAUGUGAUUAGUAAAAAAGUUUCAUUAUUUUUAAACAGUCCACAAAAAAUUCUACACAUUCAAUUUUCGGAUUUUGAUUCAAAAAAAUUACUGCUAGUUUCAUCUAAUGGAAUUUUGAUGGUUGUCCAUUGUGUUGAAAGUGUUGAUUCGGCAUUUAUUUACUUGGCAGUUACAAAAACAGUUGCUACAUUUAUUGUCGACCAUACAGUGAUUUUAAGUGAUGGUGAUUUAUUCUUUAUUUCAUUAGAUAAAAAUUUUUCUAAAAUAGUCAAACAAACUGUAACUCAGUUGAAAGGAGUUAUUUCAUUAUGCCGAUUUCAGUCAAAUAAUAUUAUUGCAAUGACUCGAUUAAAUAAAGUGUAUAAGUUAUCUAUUAAACUUGAAGUGAUCACUAAAGAAGAUGAAUUCAAGUUUCAAUUUAAUGAAAAAUCAAUUUUAGAAAACAUAAAAAUUCUUUGUAAGAAUAUAGAGUCUUUAAAAGAACAACAUGAUGUUAUGAAUAAAUACAUAAAUGCAGUGUCUAUUGUUGCUCGUAAAGAUUUGGUUGCUCAACAUUGUUCAUUAAAUAUUUUAAUAUAUUCAGGUGCUAAAGCUGUCAAAUUAGGAGCUUGUCAAGAUGAAUAUAUUUUUGCAAUCAAACUUUCCACUGACUGUUCAUGGUUAUCAUUUCCAUCUUCAAUUUGGCAGCUUUUAGUUCGAAUUACUGAUAAUAACAAUUUAUCAUCAAAUUGUGGUCUACAUUCUUUUGACGUUGAUCUCUUUAACAAUAAUCAUCCAUUAAUUGUAAAACAUAAAUUAUUAGCUACAGUUGCUGAAAAUUAUACAUCUGGUUUAGUACACUGUGAAUUGGUGUGUCAAGUACAAAAUGAUUCAAUCAAUCGUUGUUUGAUUAUUCCAUUGAAUCCGAUAAAAUUAAAUUCAUUAUAUUUUGUCAAAGCUGAAAAACGAGAAAAGAUACUGAUGAUCAAUCCUUUGGAAGAUCGUCAUAAGUAUGUUUUUAAAUUUCCAGAAAAUGUAUCAUUAGCAGAUUGUUUAACUGUUAUUACCAAUAGAAAUAAACAUAGAACAUCAAAAUCAUUUUAUAAAAGUAUAAUUGAUAAUACACCAAAUACACUAUACUUAAAUUAUUUUGGAAAAAUAGUCUCAAUAAUUUUGGACAACAAAAUUACUAACACAAUCACCCUGGAAUGUCUAGAUCAAGAUUCUUUAGUUGCAGUUCGUAAUGGAGUUUUUAGUGAACUUUCAAACGAUCAACCAGCAAUUAUAAACAUUUCAGUUCUCGCAGACAUACAAAAAGAACUUUGUUUACUAGAAGAGUUAUCAGUUAAAGAUCGUCAGAACAAAAAUAUUGUUAAGGAAAUUAAAACUAAAAUUCAAAAUCAAAUUAGUAAUCAUUUACCUGUGUAAUCAGACAUUUAUUUAGUUUAAUAUAAUAAAUUAUUAUGUUUUACUUAUCAAUAAGCUUAAAAAUAUAAUACAUAUUUUAUUCUUAAAUUAUUA